GAGAAAUAAACACAAAAUUCUUUUCUACGCUCUUUCAGUUUUCUUCUUGAAAAUGCAGUCGCACUUGAAAUGCUUAACAGUUAUUCUACUUACCACUUCUAUGAUUUUGUGUAUAUCUGGAGAGUCAGUGGAAACAUGUGAAGUCAAUUCGGGGAACUGUAUUCACGGGCAGUGUAUUAACGGUGUAUGUGUAUGUGAAACAUGUUGGACAGGUGAAAACUGUGGAGAAAGAUUAUCUAGAAAACCUACAUUCAUUCAGAGGCAAUUCAAAUUCGAAAAGAAGCUCUCAGAUAUAAUUGAUGGAGGUGUGAUUGGCCGUCUACCAUUAAGUGAUGAAAACUCUUCUAUAGCAACAUGUGGAAAUGUUCACUUCGAAAUCGUGUCUAAUGCAAGCCAAUUGCCUUUACAGAUUGACUCCAAGAGUGGUAUUUUGUACUCCAACAAUUUAUUGGAGAAAACACAAAUUUAUCGUACAGUUGAAUUUAAUGUGACUAUUCGAGAGGACAAUAACCAUUUGGGAGUACUUGAUGAGGCAAUUGUCAGGGUAUCAAUUUACGAUAGUCAUUCUGAUGAAGAAGUAGAAAGGAGAGUUUCUCGUGUUAAGAGGGCUGUUAUAACAGCACCAACUGUAGGUAGUAUCAAAUUUUACAGAUCAAACACUAAGAAGGACGCUAGUUAUUGUCUCUACGACACCUGGUUUGUUGACUUAGAUAUCACCUUACCGCCUGGAAAUCACAAUCCAAUUAUCAAUGUUUAUGGACCUGCUAUCACUGGAUCAUACAGGGGAUACAUUACAUAUUUGUUCAGUAAUUUCAGUGGUGUAAAUGUAGUGAACAACUCUACAAUGCAGUUCACUGACCUUACAUAUAUUGGUGGUCGUUCAUUGCCUUCGAGAUUUACUAUGCUUCUAGGCCCGACAACAAUUUUGUCAUCUCCUUCGACAAAUUUAAGUGAUUUCACCUUUAAGAUACGUUUUACAGUCGGGCUGUUUUCCGACAUGGCAGCUCCAUCAAUUGGAACUAAUUUGAUAUUCAAUUUGGAUGCCAUUCUGGACACAAACAUAAGUGUGGCGCUCCCUCUAGUGGUAUCUGAAAUCUGUCCACAACAGAAUGAUGCAGUCAAGUUUAUAAAAUGCCCUCAAGAAGUCGCAUUUGGGGGAGUGUAUGAAUACUCCGUUGAGUUUUUUAUAAGCAGACCUAUUAGCGAUUAUGUGUUCACUUUCAGUGCUUUUUCAAGAACAACUUCAAUUGGACAUAUGUUUAUCACGAUUCCUGACACUUUUGCCACGUAUCCAGAAAUAUAUGAAAUGAAUACAGAACAAACUUCAUUCAAUUCAUAUUUUCACACAUCAUUAAGCUCUAUAAGUGUUAAAAAUUUGCAGAGUUUAGGACUAUAUGAUACUUCUCUUUCGAUAUCCAAUCGAUCAGUUCGUUUGACAGCUUACAUUCAAAUUUCAACGAGAAGUCUUCCUACUGAAAGGUUCGAAGCUAGGAUCGAACCAACCGGAAUGAAUGUGACCACAGGAAUCUGUGAAAGCGCAGGCUAUAGAUAUUCCAAUUACGUAAAUGUAUCACAGUGUUCAAUGGUAGUAGGUGAUAUUGAAUUCAUGGAUCAACUCGAAAUGGUUAAGUAUUUCAAUGUUCAACUUAUAAUGCCUUAUUUAACAUCCGGUUUCUUUACUUUAAACUCACUUUCAAUUACUUCUACAUAUGCUGAAAUAUAUCAUGUGGAGUAUUUAUACGUUGACAAGGAUAAUUCCAAUGCAAUUAGAAAUCAACUCUCUAUAUGUCUGAAUAAAACCACCUAA